UGCAUGCUGCUGUUAUUGCCAUUAAUGAAGCAAUUGACCAUCAAAUUCCAGCUGACACUCUUACAGCAAUGAAGAACCCUAAUGCCAUGCUAGUAAAUCUGGAUGACCUAUUGGCGUCCACUUACCAAGACACACUCUACAGAGCAAAAAAUGACAAGAUGGAAAAUGCAAAAAAUAGGAUGGCCUCUGAAAAUUCAGAGAGAGAGAGAGAUGUGUAUGAAGAACUUCUGACUCAAGCUGAGAUUCAGGGCAACAUCAAUAAAGUGAAUACAUAUUCAGCUAUAUCAAAGAUCGGUCUAGCUUUGGAACAAGGAAAUGCAUUAGCAUUAUAUGAAGCUUUGGCAACGCCAGCCUUGGGACUCCGAGGAUUACUACGAGAAAACUGUGAUUGGUAUCUCAAGCAAUUUUUGAGUGAUAGACACCAGAAACAGGAG